UUUGUUUGUUUGUUUGUUUGUUUUGCCUUGUAUAAAUACAGAAGAUCGGACCACCAUUCGGAACAACCCAGAAAUCAUCCAACUCUUGCGAUUUCCUCACCGAAUCCCUCAAGCCCGCAGCAGAAUUUACUGGCCAAGCGGCGAUGUCUCUGGUUCAAGGAAAAUGGGUCAAGAUCGACCAGAAAGGAACUGCACCUGGGGCCAGAAGCUCACACGCCGUAGCAAUAGUGGGCCACGAGGUCUACGCGUUCGGGGGCGAAUUCGCGCCGCGGGUCCCCGUCGACAACAAGGUCUAUGUGUUUGACCUCGAGGAGCAGGCUUGGUCCGUGGCUGAAGCCUCCGGAGACAUCCCGCCUCCACGCGUCGGUGUCACCAUGACCGCAGUCGGCGACAUCAUUUACGUCUUCGGGGGUAGGGACAGCACCCACAAGGAGCUCAACGAGCUCUACUCUUUCGACACGGGCACGAACAAGUGGGCCCUGCUCUCCAGCGGAGACGCGGGCCCACCGCACCGGAGCUACCACUCGACGGCCGCGGAUGACCGCCGGGUGUUCGUCUUCGGCGGGUGCGGUGUGAACGGGCGGCUCAACGAUCUGUGGGCUUUCGACGUGGUCGAUCAGAAGUGGGGCCAAUACCCCACUGCCGGUGAAAAGUGCAAGGGGAGAGGUGGACCUGGGCUGGUGGUAGCCGGAGGGAAGAUAUGGGUCGUGUACGGUUUCGCAGGGAAGGAAGCGGAUGACAUCCAUUGUUUCGACCCGGUGCAAAAUGAGUGGACCCAAGUUGAAACCGGUGGCGAGAAGCCCACCGCGAGGAGCGUGUUUUCUACAGUUGGCAUCGGAAAGUACAUAAUAAUAUGCGGUGGUGAAGUGGACCCGAGUGACUUGGGCCACCUCGGCGCCGGGAAAUUCUCACCCGAGAGCUACUCCUUGGACACGGAGACGCUGGCCUGGAAGAAGCUGGAGGACAGGCCCGAUUCGGGCCACCAUCCCGGGCCUCGUGGUUGGUGUGCAUUUGCAAGCGGGAAGCUGAAUGGGGAAAAAGGGCUCCUGGUAUGUGGUGGCAAUUCACCCAGCAAUGACCGGCUAGACGACAUCUACUUUUUCACUCCCUGUCUUGCCUGAAGACUCAGGUAAAGAUUUUGGUGUUUUGCACUGCUUCGUGGGUGGACUUUAGAGAUUGAGUGUGGUAUGUGGUAUGUGAAUAAGAAGUUGGUUCCAGUUGAAGUAAUGCUCUCUUGAUAUGGAUUGAAACAGAAGCACAUCUCCUAUAUGUAAAUAAGAUUAAUGAAUUCCGCGUACUUUUAUGAGAAAUGCAACUGCAAAACCUCACUCAA